CCCCAGGACUCCUCCCAGCUGUGCUCACUGGUGCCUCCCUUCUGAAACCUCUGCUUCUGUUCUUACCACCUUCACUCUCUGGUGUAUGUUUCUCUGGCUUUCCAUUUCCCUUUUCCUCCCCUCCCUGCAGAUGCAGGAUGCAGAGGAAGGCCAGCAGAGGGCAAGAGCCCUGGAGAGGACUCAGGAGGCAGAUGAGUGCUUGCUCCCCACUGGUUGAAGGGCAGAGGAGUUCUGCUGGCUGUUGGUGCUCUCACCUAUGGGGACAGGCUCACUCAUGGCAGGAGUCUCUGUGGGAGCACUGGAUGCAUUGCAAAUGCAAAGAGUGGGGUCCCCCCAGUUCUUCCAGACAUCCAGACUACCCUCCUUACAUGCCCUUUCUGGUCUUGCACCCAUUUAGACUGACAGGUUGAUAGGCAGGCAGAUAGACAGAGACCAAGAUGUAGCUGGAGAACAUGGGAUAAACACUCAAUGCCGUGGACCAUAGUACCUGGAUGAAAGUAUCGUAUGGACUCUGAACCCAAGCCUCACUUUCUGUGAAGUCACCUUUCCCACGGCAGUCCAUCAGGUAUACUCCCCACCCCAUUUUUUUUUCCACUCUCAAGUAAAUCGAGGAAGCAGCUCAUAAGCAAUAUUUCUUGUGCCUCCAAAAAGGACCACAACUGCUGGUUCCUGUUUGUGGCGACAAUGAUCUCAGCUGAGUGAAUGGAUGGAGGGCAUGAGACUCACAAAGCUAAUCGCACGACUUGAAUUCAGUUCUCUCCGUAAGUGCGGGCAUCUCUCGCAGAGUCCAGGCCUGCCCAUUGAGCCCCAGCUCCCUCCCCUGAAGUCCAAGCAUUCCUCACAGAGCCCAGGUCUGCCCACUGAGCCCUCCUUCUUCAGUAAGUACAGGCAGGCAUGCUUCACAGAGCCUAGGCCUGCCCACUGAGCGCCAGCUCCAUCUUCGGUAAAGGAUGCUCACUCCGUUUUUCUCUGCUCCUACCCAGCCUUCCCACCCUCCUUCAAAAACAGACUGAUUUAUCUAAGACCUCGGCUGUUUCACAGUAUUUUCAAAACAAAUUAGCACUCUUCCUCCAGAGUUCCAGAGGUGACUACAUCCAAGAGAGACAGGGCAUGUAAACAAGAGUCCGAUCUAACCAUGGCCGGCAGCGCCGCGCUAAGCGGCUUCUUUUCCUUUUUCGUCCAUCAGCAAAGAUGGAGCUGGACUUGGCCCACUGCACAGAGCUCGGUGAGCAGUGCAUAAAUCUGCUUUUCGGUCGGUCGGGAGGAACUCGAAGAACCUGGAGUCAGCCAAGGAACUGUAGCAACGGUGGUUUCUCAAAGCAGCUAGGAAAAGCCAAAAGGCCUGGGUGACCAGCCACCAUGCCCUUUGUGAAAGGCUGCAGGUUCCCUUUGGUUAGCACAGCAGCCCCAACUUUGCCCGGCUGAGAGUCGGCAUGACAUGAUUUGUUCCUUUGGGGCCGUGUUGGUUCUGCAAGCCAGAUACCAGAGGCUGCGGCUCAGGAGAGCCUGCGUUUGUUUGGACAGGACAGGGCCACUCAGGAGCUCCCAUCUCAGUCAAGCUCCCAGAGCAGAGAGCAUAUCUGAGGAAUUCUUUUCUGUAAAGAUUUUCUUCCUUUCUUCCCCCCGCCCCCUCCUCCAACAUUUUUGUUUAAGAGAAAAUGAGAUGUCUAUCUUCUGUUUCCUUAUUUUUUUUCAGGAAAGCGAAGGGUUGUUGACUUCCUCCCUCUCCCCUCCCUUCCUUCCUUCUUCCCGAAGGUACUCAUCUGAGAAAAAGAGAACGAAGUAUUGUUCCUGUUCUCUUUCUUAAGUCAUUUGAAACACUGUCCCUGCGAGUUCCCUAAGUUCCCCUGCAAUCUGUACACAAGAGAAAGAGGGAGAGAGAGAGAGGGAAAGGCAGAGACAGCCAGAGACCAGGUAAAGCGGUGGGGCUGCAGCUACUCAGCCCUCAGGAGCUGGGACCCUGCGAAGGAUGCAGACGGCAAUGAAGAUGGUCAAAGAUGAGGAUGGACCCUUCAACGCUGCUGUGAAGAAUAUCCCCUCCUUUCCCCACUGCCUCCAGCCCGAGGCUGCCCGAGGGAAGGCUCCCCAAAGACACCCCUUCCCUGAAGCUCUCCGGGGCCCCUUUUCCCAGUUUCGGUAUGAACCUCCUCCAGGAGACCUUGAUGGAUUCCCCGAGGUCUUCGAGGGAGGAGGGUCCCGGAAACGGAAGAGCAUGCCCACAAAGAUGCCUUACAACCACCCUGCGGAAGAAGCCACUAUCGCAGAGGAGAGCAAGAGCCUUGGCCCCCCGAACCUGGCUCUGCUUUUCCCGCAGCCCCAGCGCCCCAAGUGCGACUCUCAGAUGAUCGACCUGUGCAAUGUGGGUUUGCAGUUCUACCGCACCCUGGAGCACUUGGGGGGCAAACCCGUCAAGCAGGAGCCGGUGAAGCCCAGCGCCGUGUGGCCCCAGCCGACACCUCCCACCUUCCUGCCCACACCUUACCCCUACUACCCCAAAGUCCACCCAGGACUCAUGUUCCCCUUCUUCGUGCCCUCAUCCUCACCCUUCCCCUUCAGCAGGCACACCUUCCUGCCCAAGCAGCCCCCCGAGCCAGUGUUACCCCGGAAAGUGGAGCCCCAGGAAAGCGAGGAGACCAAGCAGAAGGUGGAGAGGGUGGAUGUGAAUGUCCAGAUCGAUGACAGCUACUAUGUGGACGUGGGUGGGGCUCAGAAGCGCUGGCAGUGCCCCACCUGCGACAAGUCCUACACCUCCAAGUACAACCUGGUGACCCACAUCCUGGGCCACAGUGGGAUCAAGCCGCACGCGUGCACCCGCUGCGGGAAGCUCUUCAAGCAGCUCAGCCAUUUGCACACCCACAUGCUGACACACCAGGGCACGCGGCCCCACAAAUGCCAGGUGUGCCACAAGGCCUUCACCCAGACCAGCCACCUGAAGCGCCACAUGAUGCAGCACAGCGAGGUGAAGCCCCACAACUGCCGCGUGUGCAGUCGGGGCUUCGCUUACCCCAGCGAGCUCAAGGCCCACGAGGCCAAACACGCCAGCGGGCGCGAGAACAUCUGUGUGGAGUGCGGCCUCGACUUCCCCACCCUGGCGCAGCUGAAGAGGCAUCUCACGACGCAUCGCGGGCCCAUCCAGUACAACUGCUCCGAGUGCGACAAGACCUUCCAGUACCCAAGCCAGCUGCAGAACCACAUGAUGAAACACAAGGACAUCCGUCCCUACAUCUGCUCCGAGUGCGGCAUGGAGUUCGUGCAGCCCCAUCACCUCAAGCAGCACUCGCUCACCCACAAGGGUGUGAAAGAGCACAAAUGUGGGAUCUGUGGCCGUGAGUUCACCCUGCUGGCCAACAUGAAGAGACACGUGCUGAUCCAUACCAACAUCCGUGCCUAUCAGUGUCACCUCUGCUACAAGAGCUUCGUGCAGAAGCAGACCCUCAAGGCGCACAUGAUUGUCCACUCUGAUGUGAAGCCUUUCAAAUGCAAGCUGUGCGGGAAGGAGUUCAACCGGAUGCACAACCUGAUGGGUCACAUGCACCUGCACUCGGACAGCAAACCCUUCAAGUGCCUCUAUUGCCCGAGUAAGUUCACGCUGAAGGGGAACCUGACCCGCCACAUGAAGGUCAAGCACGGAGUGAUGGAGAGAGGCCUUCAUGCUCAAGGUCUGGGCAGGGGACGACUCGUCCUGGCGCAGCCCACCACUGUCCUGAGGAACCUGGAGCAGGAGGAGCCGUUUGACCUCUCCCAAAAGCGCACCGCCAAGGGGCCGGUGUUCCAGUCCAGCACACAAGACUGCCUCUGCCACGAGGAGGAGGAGGAGGAGGAAGAGGAAGGGGACGAGGACAAUUGCUUUGAGGUGGAACCCUACAGCCCCAGCCUGGCCCCGGAGAGCCAGCAGCUCUGCGCGCCCGAGGAUCUGUCCACCAAGCAGGAGCACACACUUCGGGCCCCGGGGGAAAGAUGCAGGGACCAGGCUGCUCCGGAGGAGCAGCAGGAGGAGAGUGUGGAGGACCACGAGGGCAGGGACAUAGACUGCACCAUCAGAGACGAGCACCUGGGCAGCGGGCUGCUGCCAAGCCGCGGGCAGGGCCCCUCGCUUUCCGAUUACUUAUACUUCAAGCACAGAGAUGAGGGUUUAAAAGAAUUACUGGAGAGGAAAAUGGAAAAACAAGCAGUCCUUUUGGGUAUCUAAGUGGACGGCUUUAAAAUUACAUUUGGAAAAUGAGAUCUAGGCAGUUCAAAUAUAGCUUUCUGCACGAACUGUCAUUUGCUGGGGACGGGCGAGUGGCGCCGGUCUUUACAAAUGGCUCAGGCUAGACGUGCGGGUAACACAAAUGCUUCUCAGGUUGCUCCUUGGGCACUCGGCAAUUUCAUACAGGUGCAGGGGCCCCUCGAUGUUACUUUACACAUCACCCACAUGUUGAACUGUGCUUUCAUCUAGAUACCUAACUGCAAGCUGAACCUCAAGGUGCUUGCUUUUAGAAACUGUUUCCUCUAACAUGCAAUAGAGUAAAUGUCUUUCUAGUUGCAAAACUGUGGUGCUCAUGUUACCUUAUUAGUGACUAUUAGUUACAUUUAUGAAGGUUACAAUAUCAUAGAUGAAAAUAUUAGCAGUUGUAUAUAAUAAUAGCCUCUAUUAAAUAAUAGAAACAUGGGAAAUGAUGCAAGAGAUGAGUUGUUGGAAAGGCUGUUCUGAGUUUCUGCAAAUGUGAGCUAGGGUUUCAGGGGAUGGUAAUUUGUUUUGACUAAGGCGGAACUAAAUUGCUUAGAUGCCUGGUUGGGUACUCUGUUCUGCUUCAGCUUUCCUGUUCAGUGGGAGAUUUGGAGCACCCCUGUGGAUAUCUGGACAAUGCUUGGGGGUCCCAACUCUGCAGACCAAAGUCCCGUCCCAAGAAGGGCUUCCUCAGAGAAACCAUUGCCACCUUGUUCUCAGGCCUCACGCUCCAUGAAGCAACUGAAAGGGGAGUUGCCACAAUGAACAUUGGGGGCUCGGGCUAUGAAAUGGGGUUCAGGACUUCUCCCUAAAACAAGCUCUGACUUAUUUAGGGUAGAGGAAUGAUCAUUCGCCUGUCGCUAUAAGCAAGACCUGAGCUGUGCUCUCAGAGCUGGCUACAUGUGAGAACCAUCCACAAGAACCUUUAGAAAACACUGAUGUAGCUAGGCAUGGUAACUCAUAACUGUAAUCCCAACACACGGGAGACUGAGGCAGGAGGAUUGCUUCAUGUUUGAGAUCAGCCUGAGCUAUAGACUAAAGUCUUUCUGGAAGAAAGAAAGAAAGAGAGAAAGAAAGGAAGGAAGGAAGGAAGGAAGGAAGG